CUUUUCUCGGUUCGAGAUUAGGGUCAGGGAGUUUAGAAUAGAAAAUAUUGCAGUUUAAUUGAGCGUGUAAUAGUGGCACCCAACGUUGAAUAUUUGCAAUCGCACUGUAUCAGCUAUUUUUCAACUCAUAAUUUGAAACGAAAAGCGACAGUAACAAAAGUAAACCGUACGACAGUAAUAGUGCGUGUCCGACUAUGGACGCAAGUGUGUCUGUUGGACUGGACUUUGCUUCAUUGCUGUGACAAGGCGACGCCCAGUUCUCUCCUUCACUCUGGUCAACCCCGGUAGGUCCGGUCUCAGCACCAGCUUUGGACGAGGAUAUAGGGAUGUCGCGGUACCACAAAGCCGCCAUUGAUGGCAAGUUGGACAUGUUAAAGGAGGCGACGAGGAAGGACCUGAACACACCGGACGAGGAUGGCAUGACUCCCACUUUACUGGCCGCCUUCUAUGGACACGUCGAAGCGCUUCAGCUCAUCUGCAGUCGAGGCGGCAACGCCAACAAAAGUGACAUCUGGGGAAACACGCCACUCCACCAUGCUGCGGCUAACGGCCACGUACACAUCCUCAGUUUCCUUGUCAGCUUUGACGCCAACCUCUUCGCCCUGGAUAAUGACUACCACACGGCGAUGGACGUUGCGGCGUCCCGUGACCGCAUGGACUGCGUGCAAUUCCUGGAUUCUGCCGCCUCGCGACAGACCAACCAAAACCCCAGUAGGGUGGCCCUGCUGAAGAAGGAGGCGGCCAAAGAAGCGGAGAGAAGAGUGAAGCAAUGUGAGAAGGUCAAGCAGCGACAUCAGAGUAAGAUGAAUAAAAUGUAUCGUGGCUCAGACUACAAUGGGUCUGUGUCAGAAGCUACAGCCUCCACGUUGUUAAGAGGAGGAACCAUCACUGGAGUGAACGAGCAGUUCUCCAAGCUCAUCGCUAAGGAGAAAUCUGGAUCUCUGACCGCCCGGUUAAAGGGGACAUUCGGGAAGCUUGGAAAGAAGGAGAAAGGCACCUUGCCAAAAACUGGGGCUGACGGAAAUGUUAUUUUCCUAAAGCCUGAAAGCAAGGUGUCUGAGAAGCCUGAGUUUUUGGAAGUGUUUAAUGAGCAGGAUGAGGCCAUGAUUGAGGAGGAGGAGUUGUCGCCAUAUGAUGUUGAGGAAACUGAAGAACCAGCUCAAGGGAAGCAGUCCAUCUUUAACCGACCUGGUCUAGGAGGUUUGGUUUUCAUGAACAAGAUGAGGCUGGAGUCAUCAGAGGACCUCCCUCGAGGGGAAAAUGAGAGUCUUGGCUACGUUGUCCGCAGCACGGUGGAGGAGGUGGAUGAAGACGGCUUGGAUGGAAACAGCAACUUGCCCUGGGAAAAAGAAGACCUCGGGCUUGAUGAUGAUGAGAACAAAGACUCUUCUGCGUUGGAUGUUUUUCUGGCUGCAAUCUCCUUACCUGAAUAUUCUUUUGCAUUCAAUAGAGAGCACCUGGACCUGGAAGCUCUCAUGCUUUGCUCGGAUGAAGACCUGAAGGGAAUUCAGAUCCAGCUGGGACCUCGAAAGAAGAUUCUGGAUGCUGCUGGACGGAGGAAAAAUGCACUGGGAAACCCGGGUGCCAUGAAAGAAAGCUGCUUGUAAUCUGAACUGGUUUAUUAUUCUUGAUCCUUUUAUUUUACGCAAGGAAUUGCAAGUGAGCUCAUAAUUCAUGAAAGCUUCCCCACAGCAUAGCUUCAGACACCCAUACAUGGUGGGUGUGGAGCACUAGUCUGAGGCAAUAUGACAUUAAUUAUUUUCAAAAUUAAUCAGGAAAAUCACUUAUUUAAUAAAGGAAAUAAUGAAUAUUUUGUAUCUGUACUAUUGUGUAUGUUGAAUCUUGUAAAUGUUAG